UCGGCGAAGCUUGAUCGUGUGUGAAUCGCGUCGACUCCGUAAGUCAUCAUCCCGGUCUCUUGUGCAAUAGUUGGUGGAAAACGCCACCCCGUGAGCGAGAAAAACUGCUGAACGCGACGAGGAUCAAGCAUGGCAAAAUUGGAACGUGGGUGAGCGCGAAGCGUAAACAGCAUCGUCAUCACCAUCAUCAUCUGUUGGCUAUUUCUUCUUUUGUCAACGGCAACUACGACCACGAUGAGAAUGGUGUGGAAAAGCACUCUUGGAUCGCGGUUUUAGUGUACGGUGUGGCGAGUUUCAGAACUUUUCGGCGGCGAUUACGGAGCAGCGCGCAGAUCUUCUUCUUCCGCGUCGUGCACAACUACACACCAUUCGGCUUGGCAGAUGAGCACGCGCGCGUUUCCACUGGCACUAGCAACAGCAGCAGCAAAAGCAGCGCCAACCAUCGUAGUAGUGGUAGUAGUUCUCCAGGCCAUCAGGGACUAAAAAUAGUACAAUACGGCCUGGAUUUUUGGGAGAUGUCAUCGUAGCUCAGCGCGGUAGCGGUGUUUGGCGACUCAGCAGCAGUAGUAGCAUUGGCACUUUUUCGGCAGAUCUAUUUAUUGCAGAACGUGGUGAUCGUCGCGACGGACCUACUUUGCUCGUAGAGCAUUCCAAGGAAAUUAAUCUUCAAUCAACUUGUACCCGUACAUAAUCACGUUUAUUGGAUCAGCUCCCGGAUUUACAAAACAGUUUGACCCGAAGACAACCGCUGUCCCAGUCAGUCGAGCAGCACCAGCAGCAGUAGCAUCAUCAACAUGGACACACAUUCGCACGGUGGUGGAACGACGACCAAUGGCGGUACUGGCGGUAGUAGUAGUCAGCAAUUUUGUCUUCGAUGGCAUAAUCAUCAGGCAAGUUUGUUAAGCUCGUUACCGAUUCUGUUGGACCAGUCACACCUGACCGAUGUGACGCUUAUUGCGGAAGGUCGCAACAUAAAAGCACACCGAGUGGUACUCAGUGCUUGUAGUACCUUCUUCUCGGAACUUUUUCGAACCCUUGAUGGGCCACUGUAUCCGGUGGUUGUACUGCCGGGCGCAUCCUUCCACGCCGUCGUAGCGCUGCUCACCUUCAUGUACUCCGGGGAAGUCAACGUGUACGAGGAGCAAAUCUCAACAUUACUCUCGCUGGCCGAGACACUAGGCAUUAAGGGAUUAGCCGACUUUAGUGGAAACUCACACAAAUCCAGCACCCCAACGACUGAGGCUUCUUCGCGGGAAUCGGAAAUUCCAUCACCCUACCAAGGCAUCAAGAUGGAAUCCCCGGGAGAACAGUUUUUUCCGCGUCCGUUUAAUUUUCACUCGCCACUUUUCCCACAGGCGCUCAAUCUAGCGACAAAUAACAAUUGCAACAAUAGUGGCAACAACAGCAACAACAAUAACAGCACCUGCUCAAGCGCAAAUAAAUCGACAGACCUUUUCUCGAGAUUCCUUCCGCAAAAGUGUGAUAUGAUGCCAAACGAAACACUUUGGAAGAUGAAUGAGGAAAGUGAGGCUAUAAAUAGAGACAACAAAAGUGUCAACAGCAGCAACAACGGUCCCAGCGGCCUCGGCUCGGAGGAUCGACAGUCUGUCAAUGCUAAUAAUAAGAAUGUUGCUGCCGGCCACCAGCAGCCGAUUGAGAAACAAAGCCCAGUCCGAAACGACACGGAAGCUAUCACUGGGGGGAUAUCUAAAUUUAAUCUCGACAGUAACCAUCUUCAUCACCACUUACAGCAACCACAGCAGCACCAUGAUUCCGCACCGUCGACACCCUCCAGCAAUCCCGACGAGCAGCUUCGACCAAUGUCCCAGAACACUUGUUCUGCAAAGAAAUCAAUCAGUCAGGAAAACAAACGGAAAAAAAUCGACAAGAUAGCGGAGAACCUUCGAACACAGAACACAGCAACGGCAGCUGCAGCGGCGGCCGCUGUUGCUGCAGCAUCCUUCAACAAGCACUUGCUGCAGUCACUGAAAUUCCCACCGAACUCUCAAUCUCUCUCACCGCUGCAUCUCUUCAGCAAGCCACCCACCGUCACCCCGGUUAGCAACCAGCAGCCGUCCUUUCUGUCGCACCACUUUCUCACCAAUGAAACUGCAUCUAAAACACCGGAAAAUCUGAUCCUCGAAUCAUCCCACCCGAGUCCGGGAGCGGGAGCUCUGAACCACUCCAACUCAUCACCGACACCGUCAACUGCUGCUUGUAGCUCGUCCGCAUCACAACUGACAUCCUCGAUGGCAAUGGACAUGGCAUCGUCGUUCAGUGCCAACAGUAUGCUAAAAGCAGCCGCGGCAGCACAUUACCUCAGUCCAUGCGGCCCCAUUGGAUCACAACAGCAGCAACAACAGCAACAGCAGCAGCAGUCGCUACAGAAGCCACCGACGAAACUUUUUGCUACAUGUUCCAUAUGCAACAAACAGCUCAGCAAUCAGUACAAUCUGCGGGUACACCUGGAAACGCAUCAGAAUGUUCGAUACGCAUGCACCGUCUGUUCGCACGUGUCCCGCAGCAAAGACGCCCUGAGGAAACACGUCUCGUAUCGUCACCCGGGAACACCCAGCCCAUGCGAUCCGGACACCAAGCGGAAACGUUCCAAGGCGAACCUGGGCCAAAUGAUCAAGCAAGAGCUGUUCGGGGACCAAGCUGCUAUAAGCCACAUGAUCAAACAGGAAAAUCUCAAUGAUCAACAGUCACCAUCGAUUAUGAGCCCCCAGCAGCAGCAUCAACUUCUAGUCAAUCUAACUUCUCAGGCAAACUCGAUAGUGUCGAUUCCUAGUUUCCUUCAGCAAGCGGCAUCGAUGCAAUCGGCCUUUUCAACUAAGUCAAUGCUUUUCAACACAUCACCGAUUCCCACCUCCUUGGCAACAUCCCUGUCUCAACAUCCAGCGAUCACGGAGACCAACUCGUUUCGUCAACCGAAAGAGGUAUCGUUAGCUGAUCCAGACAAUACCAAUGCCAGAAGUCCUUCACCGAUGGAAACAUGCACCGCCAAAGUGAACAACGGUUCCUCGGAGACUGUUGGCGGGGAACAUUCGAACUCUAAUGACGCGCCCAAACCAGUCAUGCCUUAAAUCGUGACAGAAAUGCUUUACUAGUCAUGUUCUUGGAAUACCAUCUUUAACGUCACUGUUUUAGCCAUAAGUAGCGGAAAGAUUUUUUGAAGCAAUACCAAUUUUAUAAAAGACAUUAAUUUAAAGUAAACGUUUAAGCUAUUUACACACAGAUAAACCAGGUGAAGAUAACUGAGCCCCUCAUAUGACAUUUUUGUGUUUCUACCCUAUUUUUUACAUUAAUCUACUUCCCUAGCUGUGAUAGUCAAUCAAUCGUACAGACUUGAAUUGAACCAACAACUUCAAAGCAGAUUCAUACCAAUCCUUGGAUUCUAUAUCUUCUCCUACAAACCGUUUAAAAGAUUUCAACAAAUUGAGAUUAUUUCCACUGUUAACACUUGACUGCUUUCGGAAUUAUGAUUCAAAAUUACAGCACCCAUCAACAAAUAUACCUGUUUUAGACCAAAAACUUGUAAAAGACACAAACUGUCCCCAUCUAUUCGACUAAGCAAAGUGCCUUAAGAAUGAGGAUAACCCCUAGCAGAUAAAAAUUUUCGUGUACCAGUGCCUUUCUAUUUGCUGAUAAUAAUGAUAGCACAAAAAGAGAGUUAUUUCUUAACUUUAGUAAACAAAAAUAACGUACUAUACUAUCGUGAAAAAAAGAGAUGUGAAACUUGAAAAAGACAGUACCGAGUAGGACAUUUGAAUGUUUUCGUUGUUUCUUUUUUUUAUUAAAUUAUUAAACAAUAUUCUAUUCAUCUUUAAAAAUAGUGUGUUAAGUGGUCAAAUAUGAUAGAGUAAGUAUGAAGGUUUACGGAUGUUACAGAGCCACUCUUUUUUCACACUGUGUUAGUGAAAUUAACCGACAUUGAACGCAACGUUAUCUUAUAAAUGACACACAUUUAACCUUACUCCAGCGUUUAUCUGUAAGGAAUGUUUGGAUUUUUAUAUAGAGAUUAUGGAAUUAAACAUGAAAUAAACGUAAAACUUUGGGCUUUGAAAUCAA